AUGGUGACAGCAAAAGCCAGCGAAGGGAGCACCGAUGGACCCGCCAUUGACAUGGAUUCCGUAAUAGAGUUGUGGCGGCCGAUCAUCGGCACGCACACCACCUCGGACCCUGAUCAAGUGCAAGUUCUUCGCGAAUGGAGGGUUGAUCAACAAAGACAAUACCCAAGCGGUCUGACUGUCGAUCGAGAGGAGGUGAUUACGCAUUACGAAGGAGCCAUGAAGAAGAUGCGGCCAUGGAGAGCCACCGGGCCGGAUAGCAUACACGGGUUCUGGUGGAAAACGCUACCGGCUGUCCGCAAGAUCUUGGGAGAGAUCAUUGCCGAAUGGGCAGUUACCGGCAAGGUGACCACUGAAUGGCUAUGCCGUGGACGCACUGUCCUGAUCCCCAAAGAGGUCAACACAAACGGAGCAGUCCAGAAGCUUCUGGGAGCCCUAAGGAGGGCGAAUACCUUGGACGUUAAGGUCCGACAAAUCCUGAAGCGCAACAAAUGCCGCUUCCAGGCCAGCUGCGUACAGCGGCUGUACGUCCCAAGAGAACGCGGAGGACUCGGGCUGCGUUCGGUAGAGGAUCUACUGCAAGACAGCAUCCUCGCCACAGAACAUAUACCGCGGACCAUCAGCAUCGCGACGUUAGCAUCUGGCAUGGAGUGUGCAAAAUUCUCGUUGGGAGCGGUGAUUAUGCACAGUGGUGGCGUGGAAGCAGCACACUACUCUGAAUCCUGGAUGGUGGAGGAAUGUGUAGGGCAGAUGCAACUGUCACUAUUUAUAUUUUCAGCAUAUAAGGCUAAGCUGUUCGCUUCGGUAUUUCGUCACUUAUGUGCAAAAUGUCCGAUGAACCGAGCUUCAAGAUGUAUCACAGCUAUCACAGGAUUGGUGGAUACAUGCCCUAUAUAUCUCAGCUCUAUCGCCGGAGACCCUGGAAAUAUGGCUCGAUUCAGUGGUACCGUGUUCAUCGAGUGGAAUCGGCUCCGCUACAACGCUCAUGCGAUUAACAAAUCAUUCACGAUCAAACACACGAUCUGUAUGCAACAAAGGCAAUACGACGUGGAAAAGGCCCCUCAAGAAAUCGGUGCAUGUCCCUAUGGUAUAUCUUUCAAAAGUUUCGUCAUUAACGACGUUCCAGAGAAG